AUGGACAAAAUAGGUGUAAAACGUCGUCGCAAAUCAGAGAAAAUCGAAAAAAACUUUAAAAGUGUGGAUGCUGACGCUGGAGAAUCGAUGAAUAUUCAAAACUCUAUAAUGUCGGAUUUAUUGAGUGAAGCUGACAUUAGUAAUUCAGAAAAUAAAAAGAAACCUAAUAAGUCUGCAUGGACCACAGACCAAAGAAUGCAGUUAUUUGAAUCAAUUAUUAAACGAUUACCCACCCCUUUGGAUUGGAAAGAAAUUGCUGAAGAUGUUGACGGAAAAUCUCAUACACAAUGUUAUGAUCAGUGGCGAAAAAGAAUGUUAUCAGAUUUAAAGAAAUCUGUCGCUUCUGAGUGA